AAUAUGAAUUGUCAGUACAACUACUGCGUUGAUCUCUUAGGUUUUAGAACUAGCAUUUUUGCUUAUGUAUUUGUGUAUGUAAGUAUAGAUGAAAGAUGUGUGUGUGAGUAAAGCAGAACACGCUUACACACAUACAUGGUGCGAACGUAUGUUUCCCUAUUUAAAUCAUAGAUGUGAAAGCCAAUGAAUGGGUGAAUCUGUGAGCACGAGUGCUAGCAUGUGCUUCACUUUUUCGCCUUCCUCAUCUUCCUCAAAGCAAAUGUCGUCCACAACAGGAUAUGAAUUUAUAUAUAAAUAAGUAAAUAAAUAAAAAUUGUUUACGGAAGUUGCCGAACAUUCAGCUGCAAGAAAAUUUACAAGGUUGAGACCAUUUAUUUUAUUCUUUUACUUUUUACUCGUUUCACUCAUUUUACUGCGGUCAUUUUAGGCGAACAAAUCAACCCCAGGACUUAUUUUUUUGUAAGCCUAGUACUUAUUCUAUCGGUGUCUUUGUCGAACCGCUAAUUUACGGAAGCUUGUGGGUGGAAAUCAAGCUUCUUAGCAGAGAGCCACUCUUGCGCCUAUACUGUCAACUGGUUACUUAAAAAAAUUUUUUUUUUUUUUUUACACAUUAUGUGUUUGAACUUCGAGAAAAUAACUUUGCAAGUUAUUUUCUUUCAAAAUUACAGAAGAAUUAAACAGAGGUGAUGUGUCGUUACAGAACGACGUUUCCUUGUUCGCAAGUCGUCGUUUUCCGCGGUUUGCUAUUCUGACACGUUUCUGUUUAUUCAUACACUUUUCAGUCAACCAUGGACUACACAGAUGCACGACGUGUUGACGGUAUAUUUUUUAAAGAGAGAAACCCCGAUUCACAACCUGAAGAUGUUGAAAUGGUGUCUGUUGAGGAAAGUGGCGAAUCUGUAAAUACCAGAUAUGACAUGGAUCGUAAUAAAAAGAAUCUGGCUUUAAUAAUAAAUAACGAAAAGUUUGACAAAUCGACAGGAAUGUCUAGACGAGAAGGAACCGAUGAAGAUGCAUCGGCGAUUAAACGGACAUUGGAGUCGUUGCAUUUUAAGGUGAUUAACCGCAAGAAUUUAUCAGUGAAAAGCAUGAAACAAAUCUUUUUGGAUAUAUCUAUGUUGGACCAUAGGAACCAUAAUUGUUUCGUUUGUGUUAUAUUGAGUCACGGCGAAGACAAUAACUGGAUAUAUGGCACUGAUGAUAAGGUAAAACUUGACGAUUUAGUGGAGAUGUUGCUUCCUGAAAAAUGCCCAGGUUUAAUAGGUAAGCCAAAACUAUUCUUCAUACAAGCCUGUCGGGGAAAGAAACGGGACAGUGGUGCAAUUAUGCACGAUUGCGGCGAUGUUAGAGUCGAAUAUCAAAAUGUCAAAUCUCACAAAGUACCAUUUUGGGCAGACGUGCUUCUGGCUUAUUCCACUGUCCCUGGAUUUUACUCCUAUAGACGUCAUACGAUUGGAUCCUGGUUUAUUCAUUCAUUAGUCCACAUUUUAGAAAAAGACGGAGACCGACUUGAACUGCAACAAUUAAUGAUUUUGGUAAAUCGUAAGGUUGCCUGUGAAUAUGAGCAUACUUCCACUAAAAUGAAACAGGUUCCUUGCAUAGUAAGCAUGUUAACGAAAGAAUUAUACUUUUUCAAGUAAAAUAUUUCCUCUUCUGUCUCUUUCCAUAUACACGCACACUCUUGUUAUUUUGUUAUAAGUUUCAGCCCUAAGGCUGUGAAAAUGCCAAAUACUGUCUAUUUCUGUUAAUAUUUAGUAGAGGUAACAGAGUUACUGAAGGUCCGAGUGUUUUGUCGUUUUAUAAGUGCCAACACGCGAAACUUUCCCGUCUUGAGUUACUCUUCUACUAAAUAGCAAUAAAAAUACAUACAUAAAUAUAUAUAUAUAUAUAUCUCGCUUUACCCCUCUCGUUCUUCCUCUGUUACUACUACGUAUCUCUUUUUCCCCCUCGUUUUUCCUCUCUUUCUCUUUUCCUCUCGUUGCUCACCUAUUCUUCUACUUCCUCCCUCUGUUUCUCUCUCUUCCCUUUACACCGGCAUGGUCACAUGCUUCCGGUCAAUAAUCCUUUCCUUCCUUGGCUUUCGCCAAGCAACGCACGCACCACUUUGUCCCUCUCGGGUCCGUGCCUCAUCGCGUU